AAAUGAUGUAAAAUAAAAAAUGUAGGUAAGAAAGAAAUAAAGAUUUAUUUUCCAAAAUCCUAAAAAAGAAAAAACAUUAUUUAAAAAAUAAUUAUUUAUGCCAAAACGUUUCAGUAACUUUGUUUCCUGAAACAACAAAAUGCAAAAUGUUCGCGACAGGAAGCCAUUCUUUUUUUUUUUUAAAGUUUUGUUUACUCUUAAAUCAAAAUAAAUAAAUCAUGACACUUUAAUUUUGUACAACUUUCACUGUCAUCUCUUACCGGAUAAAACCAGAAAACCUGAAUGUUAUUUGUUUAAAAAGUCACGUGACGGGCGUCGUGCAUUUUGGCACUAAAGUUCUUCCAUACCUGCAGACACCUGAGAACACCUGAGCGGGAGAGAGGUGGCGUUCGUGUUGAGGUGUGUCACUCACAGUGCUGGAUGCAGAGGAUCAACAUGGCUGCUCACAGUAGCAGGGGGACCGGACUCUACAGGACCCUCCUGAGCCGCUGCAGGACCACGGGACCGGGUCAGACCAGGACCGGACCGGGACAACACAGGUGCCUGUCCUCGCUGCCUGCACCACCGCCACCGGGCACCUGGAGCUCCCAGCUGUCCCGGCUGUCCCACCGGGAUCUGUACCGGCUCUCGGUCACGGAUCCGGAUCUGUUCUGGGGAUCCGCCGCCGCUGACAGACUCCGCUGGGUGAAACCGUUCCACCGGGUCCAGGACUGCGAGCUCGGCAGCGGGAAGAUCAGCUGGUUCCUGGGAGGCAAACUCAACGUGUCCGUGAACUGUCUGGACGUCCAUGUUGAGAAAUAUCCGGACCGAGUGGCUCUGAUCUGGGAGCGAGACGAACCUGGCACUGAGGUGAAGGUCACCUACAGAGAGCUGCUGGAGACCACCUGCCGCCUCGCCAACACACUCAAGAGCCAUGGGAUCCAAAAGGGGGACAGGGUGGCCAUUUACAUGCCGGUGUCACCGCUGGCGGUGGCGGCCAUGUUGGCGUGUGCCCGUAUCGGUGCGGUGCACACCGUGGCGUUUGCCGGCUUCAGCUCAGAGGCUCUUUCAGGGAGGAUCCAGGACGCUCAGUGUAAAGCUGUGAUCACCUGUAAUGAAGGCGUGAGGGGCGGCCGACGCAUCCGCCUGAAGUCCACAGUGGACGCCGUGGUGAAGAGCUGCCCGACUGUCCGACACGUGUUCGUCUCUCAGAGGACAGAAAACCCUGCUGUGAUGGGGGAGCUGGACGUCCCCCUGGAGGAGGUGAUGUCCUCUCAGUCUCCUGUUUGUCCUGCGGAGCCUCUGGACAGUGAAGACCUUCUGUUUCUUCUCUACACGUCAGGAAGUACGGGGAAACCUAAAGGCAUCGUCCACACACAGGCUGGAUACCUGCUGUACACCUCACUCACACACCAGUACGUGUUCGACCACCGGGACGGUGACGUGUUCGGCUGCGUGGCGGACGUCGGCUGGAUAACGGGACACAGCUACGUGGUGUACGGCCCGCUGUGCAACGGCGCCACCACCGUCCUGUUUGAGAGCACACCUGUUUAUCCAAACCCAGGCAGGUACUGGGAGACAGUUGAGCGUCUGAGGAUCACUCAGUUUUACGGCGCUCCGACGGCGCUGCGUCUGCUGCUGAAGUACGAUGACAGCUGGGUGAAGAAGUACGACCGCUCGUCUCUGAGGACGCUCGGAUCAGUGGGAGAGCCCAUUAACCACGAGGCCUGGCACUGGUUCCACAGUGUGGUUGGAGAUGGACGGUGUCCUUUAGUGGACACCUGGUGGCAGACAGAGACGGGUGGAGUCUGUAUCGCCCCUCGUCCUGCGGAGGACGGCGCUCCGAUCGUCCCAGCGAUGGCGAUGAGGCCGUUCUUUGGCAUCCAGCCGGUUCUCAUGGGAGAGAAGGGCGAAGCUCUGUCUGGUAACUCCGUCAGCGGCGCUCUGUGCGUCGGCCAGCCGUGGCCCGGGAUGGCUCGCAGCAUCUACGAAGACCACCAGAGAUUCGUCGACACGUAUUUCAAACCGUAUCCUGGUUGUUAUUUUACAGGUGACGGAGCGUACCGGUCAGAGGACGGUUACUACCAGAUCACCGGCCGGAUGGACGAUGUCAUCAACGUGAGCGGUCACCGUCUCGGUACGGCGGAGAUCGAGGACGCUCUGGAUGAACAUCCAGCUGUUCCAGAAACAGCUGUGAUUGGAUUCCCACAUGACAUCAAAGGAGAAGUACCGUUUGCCUUCGUGGUUUUGAAGGAGGGGUUUGGUGACGACGCCCCCACCGUCCUUCAGCAGCUCAGAGAACUCGUCACCGCAAAGAUCGCCAAAUACGCCGUCCCGGAGCACUUCCUGGUGGUGAAGCAGCUGCCGAAGACUCGCUCCGGAAAGAUCAUGAGGCGGAUCCUCAGGAAGGUUGCCAUGGAGGCUGACCUCGGCGACGUGUCGACUCUGGACGAUCCGUCUGUUGUCAUGGAGAUCAUCGAGGCCCACAAGCUGUACAGGAAGCAGAGAGAAGUGGAGGAGGAGAAGAAGAAGAAGAAGUAGGAACUUCCUGUCUGAGCCUUUCCAAGCUGUGUUGUCCUCAGGUACAGUUGACAACAUUUCUCGUUCCUCAGGUAGACCCGGAGCUGUUCAGACGCGUCUCACUCAAAUGUCACGGUGCUAAGAACCAGCAACCGUCUGCUCAGAAGCUCCUCCCACCUCGCUGCGGUUACCCACAAUCCCCUGCUCCUCUGUGUCCCCCACAAGACUUAAUGUAAAAACACCUUAAAACAUUUGAACUUGUACCUUUAACUCACAUGUCGAGUUUCCCCUCGGGGAUCAAUAAAGUAUUUCUGAUUUCUGAUUUAUCAAACUUCUAAUAACUACACUGAAGAAAGCUCCAAGGAGGAAACUGAGGAGGAAAACAGUUCUUCACUGAGUCUGAAGGAAAAACACGCCUAUUAAUGUUUGAAAUAAACAACUUACAGAUUCAGAGCUGCUGGUAGGAGCAUUCUGUUAGCUUUGGACAGGGCCAGGCUAGCUGUUUCCCCCUGUUUCCAGUAUUUAUGCUAAGCUAAGCUAACCAGCUGCUGGCUUCAUAUUUAACGUACAGACAUGAGUGUGGUGUCAAUCUGAACGUCUGACUCUCAGAGAGGAAGAGAAGAAGAGGAUUUCACUAAAUGUUGAACUGUUCCUUUAAGGGCACCUCUCACAUGAUUCGUUUAUUCAUUUAUUCGGAUCCCUGUCAGCCGCUACCGCUAAGGUAGCAACUAUACUUCCUGGGGUCCACAUAAAAACACAAAACAGUACCACACAACAUACAGGAACCAUCCACACAGUACCCUCCCAGAUCCCCUCUUACCCACGCAGUACCCUCCCAGAUCCCCUCUUACCCAUGCAGUACCCUCCCAGAUCCCAUAAUACUCACGCAGUACCCUCCCAGAUCCCCUCUUACCCACGUAGUAACCCUCCCAGAUCCCCUCUUACCCACGUAGUACCCUCCCAGAUCCCCUCUUACCCACGUAGUACCCUCCCAGAUCCCCUCUUACCCACGUAGUACCCUCCCAGAUCCCCUCUUACCCACGCAGUACCCUACCAGAUCCCCUCUUACCCACGCAGUACCCUUCCAGAUCCCAUAAUACCCACGUAGUACCCUUCCAGAUCCCCUCUUACCCACGUAGUACCCUCCCAGAUCCCCUCUUACCCACGCAGUACCCUCCCAGAUCCCAUAAUACCCACGUAGUACCCUCCCAGAUCCCCUCUUACCCACGCAGUACCCUCCCAGAUCCCCUCUUACCCACGUAGUACCCUUCCAGAUCCCCUCUUACCCACGUAGUACCCUCCCAGAUCCCCUCUUACCCACAUAGUACCCUCCCAGAUCCCGUCUUACCCACGCAGUACCCUCCCAGAUCCCCUCUUACCCACGCAGUACCCUCCCAGAUCCCGUCUUACCCACGCAGUACCCUCCCAGAUCCCGUCUUACCCACGCAGUACCCUCCCAGAUCCCAUAAUACUCACGCAGUACCCUCCCAGAUCCCAUAAUACCCACGCAGUACCCUCCCAGAUCCCGUCUUACCCACGCAGUACCCUCCCAGAUCCCAUAAUACUCACGCAGUACCCUCCCAGAUCCCCUCUUACCCACGCAGUACCCUCCCAGAUCCCAUAAUACCCAUGCAGUACCCUCCCAGAUCCCCUCUUACCCACGCAGUACCCUCCCAGAUCCCAUAAUACCCAUGCAGUACCCUCCCAGAUCCCAUCUUACCCACGCAGUACCCUCCCAGAUCCCAUAAUACUCACGCAGUACCCUCCCAGAUCCCCUCUUACCCACGCAGUACCCUCCCAGAUCCCCUCUUACCCACGCAGUACCCUCCCAGAUCCCGUCUUACCCACGCAGUACCCUCCCAGAUCCCCUCUUACCCAAGCAGUACCCUCCCAGAUCCCCUCAUCACAUUACCUUUUUGAGCAAAUUAACUUUUUUGAUCUCAUGAUAAAUCAAAUGUAACCAAUCAAACACAAGGAUUUUUACCUGUGUGCAAUUGUUCAUUGUUUUAAAUAUUUGUUGUAGCAAUUAACACACGAAAUGAACCUAAAAAACCCAAAACAAUACAAAAUCUAGCCAGCAGCAGGGAGGACGGUCUGACAGACGAGCAAACAGAGGAAACAUGAUGAAGGGAGACAGACUGCAAAUUACAAAACUCCAGAUUUAUUCAGGAACAAGAGUCAAGAGUCAAGAGAGACAAGAGUUUAACUGAAACAGAUUUAUAACAUAAUGUUCAUCACGUUGCUCCGAAUCAUGUGUCAGGUGUUCACCUGUUUCUGCGCUGCAGCCAUCUUGGAUCUCCUCGUAAACGAGCUCAGAAACUCAGUGUUUUUAUGUCAAAGGAGAUUUUAAUGAUUAUUCUUAUUUUAUUCUUUCAUUGAGAUUGUGAACAGGAGUAAAAGUGAGAUUUUACCUUUUAUCUUUAACUUUAGUCCAAAUUUUCACUUUUAGCAGUUUGAUAAAUACAGGCCCUUUUUCAAAUAUAUAUAUAUAUAUAUAUAUAUAUAUAUAUAUAUAUAUAUAUAUAUAUAUAUAUGUGUGUGUGUGUAUAUAUAUAUAUAUAUCUGUGUGUGUGUUUGUGCCUUAAAUCCUCUAAGAAGUUUUUAAAAAAUGUUCAAAUGUCAAAUUUACUGUGAACUUUUUAUCGUGUUUUAGUUUUAGAGACUAAUCUCUAACAUCUGACCUUAUUUGCACAGAUUUUCUUAAUAAAAUCUGUAUUUUUGCAUUUAAUUUGGACAUUUUGAGGUAUGAAAUAAAUUGAUAAUUUUAAAUUAGAUGUUAAUUCAGAGUUUAAGCCAUGAAAUAUCCAAAUCAAGUUAUAAUUCUGACUUUAUCUCAGAUUUUAGAGAUAAGACGCCUUUUUAUUUGCAUUUAUUCUUUUUUUCAGAUGAUUUCUAUUUAACAGAUGAAUAUUUUGUGAAUAUGAACAUAUUUUAUAGAUUUAUAGUUUGCAGCAGAAGUGAUUUAUGAUCAGAAGCUCUGUGUACCAUAAAUGUGCAGAAAUAAACUUUCACUAAUAAACAUGAA